UCCAAACCCUAGCGCCGGCGCCGCCACUUCCCUGCUCACUCGUCUCCUCGCGCGCAGGGCCAGGCAAAGGGAAGAUGUACACCGCGAGGAAGAAGAUCCAGAAGGAGAAGGGCCUCGAGCCCUCCGAGUUCGAGGACUCCGUCGCGCAGGCUUUCUUUGACCUCGAGAAUAGCAACCAGGAGCUCAAGAGCGAGCUCAAGGACCUGUACAUCAACAAUGCAGUCCAGAUGGAUGUUGCUGGGAACAGGAAGGCUGUUGUGAUCCACGUGCCGUACCGUCUUCGCAAGGCAUUCAAGAAAAUCCACGUUAGGCUUGUCAGGGAGCUUGAGAAGAAGUUCAGCGGCAAGGAUGUUGUGAUAGUUGCAACAAGGAGGAUUGUGAGGCCUCCGAAGAAAGGCUCGGCUGUACAGCGCCCUCGCACCAGAACUCUAACUGCUGUUCAUGAUGGUGUCUUGGAAGAUGUAGUCUAUCCAGCUGAGAUUGUUGGGAAGCGUAUCAGAUACCGUCUGGAUGGUGCCAAGGUCAUCAAGAUUUUCUUGGACCCAAAGGAGCGCAACAAUACUGAAUACAAGCUGGAGACCUUCUCUGCAGUCUACCGCAGGCUCUGUGGGAAAGAUGUUGCCUUUGAGUACCCUACGACUGAAAAUGCAUGAAGAUGCAUUCCUUGGAUUGUUCCCAAUGUAUUCCAGAUACCAUAGUUUUGAUGCCAAAGUUGAUACUUCGGUAUUUUCUACUUGGAGAUGGCAAAUCGACAAUGUUAAAGUUUUGGGCAUUUAAAUUAUAGACCUUUGUUUGGUUCUGUUAGCUUGUUUCAAUCCAUUGUUUGUUGUGGAAUGUGCUUAACA